AGCGUGUGGUUUCUUUCCUCCCCACUUAAGUGGGGGAUUGUCUCAGGCUGGGAUACCAUCUUAUGCAACCUAAGACAUUGCUGGAAGGUAACAGAUUUACCUCUCUAAACCCCAUGAGGAGGAUCACUAUCAUUUUUCCCUAAAUUUCUGGAUGGACCUUGGGCCACAUUUUGAAAGACAUGAUCAUUUUGAAGCACUACUUCUUAACCUCUUGGGACCCAUUGGAGAUCUUUUUUGAAAGUAUGAACACUCAUGGUGGACAUUGCACAAAGCAUGAUUUUGUAUGUGGUUUCCUUGAGGCCAUGAAACUGGUUUAAGAAGCCCUGCUUUCAAGAACAGUAUGGGAAGCAGUGGUCAGAGAAGCAAGCAAACGUUCUACCGUGAUACCUGUGACAGAGGCCAUGGCACAGUGAUGUGUAUAGGCUUUUUUACAAGGCAGUUGUGCAUUUUACUGGAGGAGCUCUUGGAUAUAAAAGAACGCCCUCAUUCCAAGCAGAGGCCUUCAUGUCUCUCUGAAAAAUAUGACAGUGACGGCGUCUGGGACCCUGAGAAGUGGCACGCCUCUCUCUACCCAGCUUCAGGGCGGAGCUCACCUGUGGAAAGUCUGAAGAAAGAGUUGGAUACAGACCGGCCUUCCCUGGCACGCAGAAUAGUAGAUCCACGAGAGCGAGUGAAAGAAGAUGACUUAGAUGUUGUUCUCAGCCCACAGAGGCGAAGCUUUGGAGGCGGCUGCCAUGUGACGGCUGCUGCCAGCUCCCGACAUUCAGGAAGCCCCCUGGAGAAAGACAGUGAUGGGCUUCGCCUGCUUGGCGGGCGAAGGAUUGGCAGUGGGAGAAUAAUCUCUGCUCGGACCUUUGAGAAGGAUCACCGUCUUAGCGAUAAGGACCUCAGGGACUUGAGAGACAGAGACCGAGAAAGGGACUAUAAGGACAAGCGUUUCCGGAGGGAGUUUGGGGAUAGUAAGCGUGUCUUUGGUGAGCGUAGAAGAAAUGAUUCCUACACAGAAGAAGAACCAGAAUGGUUCUCAGCUGGACCCACAAGUCAGUCUGAAACUAUUGAGCUGACUGGUUUUGAUGAUAAAAUACUGGAAGAAGAUCACAAGGGAAGAAAAAGAACAAGGCGACGGACAGCCUCUGUGAAGGAAGGCAGAGUCGAGUGCAAUGGAGGAGUGGCCGAAGAGGAUGAGGGGGAGGUCGCCCUCACACAAGAGCCUGCUGCAGAUCAGGAAGUGCCAAGGGACCCCGUCUUGCCUGAGCAGUCCCUAGGAGAAUUUGACUUUAAUGAGUUCUUUAACCUUGAUAAGGUGCCAUGCUUGGCUUCGAUGAUAGAAGAUGUUUUGGGAGAAGGGUCAGUCUCUGCCAGUCGGUUCAGUAGGUGGUUCUCUAACCCAAGCCAGUCAGGAAGCCGAUCCAGCAGUCUUGGGUCAACACCACAUGAAGAACUGGAAAGACUUGCAGGUCUGGAGCAAGCCAUCCUUUCUCCUGGACAGAACUCGGGGAAUUAUUUUGCUCCUAUACCAUUGGAAGACCAUGCUGAAAAUAAAGUGGAUAUUUUAGAAAUGCUACAGAAAGCCAAAGUGGAUUUAAAACCUCUUCUUUCCAGCCUUUCUGCAAAUAAGGAAAAACUUAAAGAGAGCUCACAUUCAGGGGUUGUGCUUUCAGUGGAAGAGGUGGAAGCAGGACUCAAGGGCCUGAAGGUGGACCAGCAAGUGAAGAAUUCGACUCCGUUCAUGGCAGAACACUUAGAGGAGACCCUGAGUGCUGUAACCAGCAAUCGCCAGCUCAAAAAAGAUGGAGACAUGACUGCGUUCAAUAAGCUAGUGAGCACCAUGAAGGCAAGUGGGACUCUGCCUUCUCAGCCCAAAGUCAGCGAACUUCUGGGCCCACCAGUUCCAAGACCUGCUUCCUCCAGUCUUCUGAGUGGCCUUAUGGGGAGCUUGGAGCCUACAACAUCUCUGCUGAGCCAAAGAGCACCCUCUCCUCCCUUGUCACAGGUCUUUCAUACUCGAGCAGCCUCAGCAGACUACCUUCGUCCUAGAAUACCAUCACCAAUUGGUAACGACUCUUGUGCGUGGACAUCUGCCCAUCCUCGCCCUCCCGCCCCCUGCAAAGGUUUCACACCAGGACCACAGCAGUUACUCGGAGAUCCAUUCCAAGGCAUGCGCAAGCCCAUGAGCCCCGUCACAGCCCAGCAGAUGAGUCAGCUCGAAUUGCAACAGGCAGCUUUGGAGGGGCUGGCCUUGCCACAUGACCUUGCAGUGCAGACAGCAAACUUCUACCAGCCUGGUUUUGGCAAACCGCAGGUAGACAGAACCAGAGAUGGAUUCAGAAACAGACAACAGCGAGUGACCAAGUCACCAGCACCCGUGCAUCGAGGGAAUUCUUCUUCCCCUGCCGCUUCUGUCACAAGCAUGCUGUCUCCUUCCUUCACCCCUACAUCAGUGAUUCGUAAGAUGUAUGAGAGCAAAGAGAGAAGCAAGGAGGAGCCAGCAUCUGGAAAAGUAGCUCUUGGUGACAGUAAAGAGGACAAUCAGAGGGCCAGUGAAGAGAACCUCCUGUCAUCCAGCUCUGAGCCCAAUGCUGAUCGAGACUCUUCUCCCACUACAAAUCCCAAAUUGUCGACAUUGCAGCGGUCUUCAUGUUCUAUCCCACUGUCCCAGACCAACCGUUACACCAAAGAACCAGAGUAUCGACCUAAAGCAACUGGGAGAAAAACACCCACUUUAGCAUCCCCGGUUCCAGGAACACCUUUUCUCCGCCCUGUCCACCAAGUUCCCCUUGUUCCCCAUGUCCCAAUUGUUCGGCCUGCUCACCAGCUUCACCCAGGGUUGGUCCAAAGGAUGCUAGCCCAGGGAGUGCAUCCACAGCAUCUUCCAAGUUUGCUCCAAGCCGGCGUGCUUCCUCCUGGGAUGGACCUGACUCAUUUGCAGGGAAUAUCUGGCCCAAUCCUGGGUCAACCCUUUUACCCUUUACCUGCUGCUAGUCACCCUCUCCUAAACCCUCGUCCUGGGACACCUCUGCAUCUGGCAAUGAUGCAACAGCAGAUACAGCGCUCAGUUCUUCAUCCUCCAGGCUCCGGUUCUCAGGCAGCAGCUGUCAGUGUUCAGACGACCCCUCAGAAUGUGCCCAGCCGGUCAUUGCCCCACAUGCACUCCCAGCUGGAGCACCGCCCCAGCCAGAGAAGCAGCUCCCCGGUGGGUCUUGCCAAGUGGUUUGGCUCAGAUGUGCUCCAACAGCCCCUGCCCUCCAUGCCUGCCAAAGUCAUCAGUGUAGAUGAAUUGGAGUACCGCCAGUGAGCAUGGCAGGGAGGCUUACCUAAGCCUGGACCUAAGGUAGCACCCUGGUCAGGGCUGCUUCUGCAUCUUGGGUUGGUUUAUGGGUUUUUACUGUGCAAAGCUGUUUAGGGGGCCCAGGCAUCUGACAUGGUCUGCAUUGACAGAAGGAUCUUAACCAAAUGCGUGGAGCCUGCAUGUUCUGAAUACAGGAUGCAGUGUUGUCAAUCCUGGAAAUAGUCUUUUUUUUGUAAGAUAUGUGAAUGAAAUGUUGGUGUCUUCACCAAGAGGUGGCACCUAAGGGUUCUGAGGAAAUGUAUAGACCCUUAUGUACAGAUCUGUGUAUAAUUUUUGUAUAUACAUAUAGGAUAGCUUUUUUGAACUUAUACAGCUGUACAUAAAAGUAGCUGAUAUUAGUUUAAGUCUGUGUCAACAGUCGGAUUUUUUUCACUUGUACAUUUGGGAUUUUUUCUUUUGGUUGAUUAAAGUUGCAUAUACUAAGUGUGCGAAUGAAGCGAAUGGCAUUGUUGCUUGUUUCUUCCUGAAUCCCUUCCUCGUUUCUAACUAGCUGAUGCAUGAGGUUCAGUAGGUUACUGGAGGGAAAUGAUCUUAAAUUUUAAUUUUUCUUUAAAACUCACAGAACUGAACUCUUUACCUUAUUUAGUUAAAAGAAGCUAUGGCAUUUGUAGGACCUAUAAAGGCCCCCCGCCGGCCACUUUAGGCUGGGCUCACCCUGUAACUCUAUGGUAGCCUCGUGGCUGAUGACCAUAUUAAAGUGUGAAAAAUAA